CUUAUUUCCCAGCACUGGGGCAAGGUACCCCAUUAGUGUAGGGCUCCCCCAUGUUCUUACAUAUAUUAGAAGCAGGAAUUGUACAUAGAGCACAGUACUGGGAAUGACUAAAAUUAUGUUUUUCUUUUUGCCUCCAUAGAGAGAAUUCUGAGCGAAGAUGAGCAAAUUGCGAAAAUUCGUGAAGCGUUUGCGAUCUUGUUUCUCUUGCUUCGGCAAGAGGAAACGAGAUCGAACAGAUUGUAACACCUGGGAAUCUGUCGUGGAGGAGCCCACGGAAGAGCCCAAACCAAAGAUCUGCCUGGAGGAGGAGCCAGAGCAAAAAAUGGAGCCGGCUAUUAACAUCUGCCAUGAGACUCCAGAAUUCCCUGACAAUAACAUCAGUCAGGAGGAAGACCUGGUAGUGCAGGCGGGCGCCGACACCAGCCCCUGCCACUACCAGGGAUCUUCGGAUGAGAGCGAUGUCCCUCAGUUUAACACCUGUGAGGAGACUCCAGCGUUCCCUAAUGAUAACAUCAGUCAGGAGGAAGACCCGGUAGUGCAGGCGGGCGCCGACACCAGCCCCUGCCACUACCAGGGAUCUUCGGAUGAGAGCGAUGUCCCUCAGCUUUACAUCUGUGAGAGGGAACAAGAUCGAACAGAUUGUAACACCUGUGAAUCUGUCGUGGAGGAGCCCACGGAAGAGCCCAAACCACCGAUCUGCCUGGAACCAACAGAAAUCCCUGGCAACAAUAACUGCCAGGAGGAGGAGCCAGAGCAGAAAAUGGAGCCGGCUAUUAACAUCUGCCAUGAGACUCCAGAAUUCCCUGAUAAUAACAUCAGUCAGGAGGAAGACCUGGUAGUGCAGGCGAGUGACGACACCAGCCCCUGCCACUACCAGGGAUCUUCGGAUGAGAUCGGAGUUCCUCAGCUUAACACCUUUGAGGAGACUCCAGCAUUACCUGAUGACAACAUCUGUCAGGAGGAAGACCCGGAAGUGCAGGCGAGCGACGACACCAGCCCCUGCCACUACCAGGAAGCUUCGGAAGAGAGCGAUGUCCCUCAGCUUUACAUCUGUGAGAGGGAACAAGAUCGAACAGAUUGUAACACCUGUGAAUCUGUCGUGGAGGAGCCCACGGAAGAGCCCAAACCACCGAUCUGCCUGGAACCAUCUAAUGGAUCUGGCAACCUUGUUUGCCAAGAACCGACAGAGAUCCCUGGCAACAAUAACUGCCAGGAGGAGGAGCCAGAGCAGAAAAUGGAGCCGGCAAUUAACAUCUGCCAUGAGACUCCAGAAUUCCCUGAUAAUAACAUCAGUCAGGAGGAAGACCUGGUAGUGCAGGCGAGUGACGACACCAGCCCCUGCCACUACCAGGAAUGUUUAGAUGAGAGCGAUGUCCCUCAGCUUAACACCUGUGAGGAGACUCCAGCAUUCCCUGAUGAUAACAGCUGUCAGGAGGAAGAACUGAUAGUGCAGGCGAGCGACGACACCAGCCCCUGCCACUACCAGGCGUCACCUAAAGGAACUGGCACCAACACCAGCCAGGACGAGGGCUCAGUAAAGGAACUGAGCCAAGAGGAGGAGAAAGACCUUAAGGAGGAAUCUGGCACUACCACCUGCCAGCCCAAGAUCUCCCAAAGAAAGCGAGUGGGACCUCCGACCAACGAGGGGAAUAACACCAUCUCACUCGCUGAGAAAUACCCAGAGCCCGGGAGAUAUUUGAAAUUGGGGGAACGAAUUGGAGAGGACCCCAAUGGAGUGAUUUACAAUGGAUGGCACCGAAUCAGACGAGUGGAGGUGGCCAUUGUAGUCAUUAAAGAUCAAGAGAAGCAAAAAGCAAUACAAAAAGAAAUUGAAGUCCUUGAAAUGGUGUCAGGCCAUGGAAACAUCGUGGAUUUCUAUGGGGCUUAUUACCAUCAGGCCCCACGGACACCAUCACUCCCUGAAGGACUGUGGAUUGCUACUGAGUUCAUCACUGGUGCCACUCUUCAAGACCUCAUUGGCACCAGAAAGACCUUAGGAGAAAGGUGGAUCUCCUACAUCUGCAAAAAAAUCAUCACGGGCCUUUUCCACCUUCAAAAAAAGAACGUCAUCCACCAUGACAUUAAGCCCGGAAACAUCCUAAUCACCUCAAUGGGAGAGGUGAAGAUCGGCGAAUUUGGAUUUGCCACUUGUGGAGGAAAGAGCAGCAGUACAUCUGGGACUAUAACAUACUCGGCCCCAGAAGUACUGGCUAAUUAUGGCACCAACAAGCUUGAGUAUGACCAUAAGGCUGACAUCUGGUCACUCGGCAUUGCAGCCAUUGAAAUGGCGGAGGGACUCUCAUUCAGCAAACUUCCACAACAAAGGCUGAUUGAGAAGAUUACACGCGGUCCCUCGCCAACAUUAACACCAUGGGGAAAAUGGAGCGACGAGUUCCGUUUCUUCAUUUCCGAGUGCCUGCAGAACGACCCAUCGAGAAGACCAUCUGCAAGGCAACUUCUGUCGCACCCCUUCAUUGGAGAGAUCUGGGGUGAAAGGGGUGUGCAGAAGAGCAUUGCCCAACAACUGCACAGAGGAAUGAAGCACUAAAAGAACUGAAGAAGGCAGCCAUCGGGGGAGGGUUUGGGGCAUAGGGGCCUAUUUAACAUCCUUGGGCCCCCCACAUAACAUUGUGGUCCCUGUGACAUAACAAACUGUAUAAAUUGGAUGAAACCAAGAGAUAUUUCUGUUU